AUGGCGGAAAACGUCACGGACACGACCAUUCAGUCGUUCCUCAACAGUCGUGGAACGGCAAACUCAAAGGGUGUCUUGACACAGGCAGGCCUCAGUAUCGGCUUAUCAGUUGUGACCCUCCUUGCCUUUUCCUUCUUCCGACCCCGCCAGACAAAGGUGUACGCACCCAAGGUCAAGUACGGCGUGACCGGUGCCGACCAAGACUAUGAUCCACCACCACCGUCCCUGCCGUCUGGCUUCUUUGCGUGGCUCAGCCCCGUUCUUCACCUCAAAGAGCAGCAGAUGAUCGCCAACAUUGGACUGGACGCCACUGCCUUUCUUCGCAUGCUUCGUAUGCUCCUCAAGAUCUUUGCUGUUAUCUCAGUCUGGUGUGCAGUGUUGAUGAUCAUGUUCGGCGUGUACAACGCCAAGAGCACCACCUCGACCAUGACUGAUCUCUCCGUCGUCACCAUUCAAAACGUCAAGGCCGACACCACGUUGGGCAGCAUCAGCAACUGGUGUGCCGUUGCGGCGUCGUACAUUGUCACUUUUACCGUCAUGGGCUUUGUGUGGUACAACUGGCGCGUAAUGGUCCUCCUCCGUCACAAGUGGUUCUUGUCACCUGCCUACCAGACCAAGGUCUACUCCCGCACCAUCAUGGUCACCAAUGUGCCCAAGGAAUACCGCAGCGACGAGGGCCUUGUUCACCUGCUCGGGCAGCUCAAGGUCGACGGCAUCAAGAUUGCGGCCCAGAUCGAGUCGUCGACAGCGGGCCGUCGUAUCGGCGACUUUCCCAAACUCGUCGACGACCACAACGACGCUGUCAAGGACCUGGAGCACUGCCUCGUAAAGUACCUGAAGGGUGGCCAGAUGGCAAGCAAGCGUCCUACCCUCCGCAAGGGAGGCGUCAUGUGCUGCGGUGGCAAGAAAGUCGACGCCAUCGACUACUACGCCAAGCAGAUCAAGUUUCUGCACGACAACGUUGAAGAGCGUCGCUCCGUCAUCAACUCGCUGUUGAAAAAGGAGCGCAAGGCGCGUAAGGGUGGCGCCCGCCCGCCUCGCGUCGAGGGCGAAAACUAUGGCUUUGUGACCUUUAGGACCAUUGCCGAGGCGCACCGCAUUGCACGCACGCAUGCAGGCAAGGCCAAGGAGCUUGGCGGCGCACAACUGCAGCUCGCCCCCAUGCCCCACGACAUUAUUUGGGACAAUCUCAGAAAGGAGCCCGUGGAGCUUGCCUCGGCCCGCUCGUUUGGUUUCUUCCUUUUGGGUGGCCUCUUCAUCGUCAACGUUGUGCCUCUGGCUCUCGUCUCGUUCCUCUCUGCGCUCAGUUCGUUCGCCGCAAUCUGGACCUGGCUCGGCGACUGGCUCGCAGCAAGCAAGUGGUCGUUUGCCCUCGUGACUGGUGCCCUCGGCCCCAUCCUCUCGACUCUGUUUAGUCUGUUUUUGCCGGCUCUUAUCCGCCGUAUCUGCAAGUACCAAGGUGCAGUCACCCGCAGUCGUCUCGACCGUGCCACCACCGCCCGCUACUUCUUCUUCAUGCUUGUGUGGUACCUCAUCCUCUUCACACUCAUGGGUGCGCUCUACAACAUUAUCACCGGUAUCAUCAAGCUGGUCGGCAAAAAGUCUGCCCUCGAAAUUCUCAAGUCGUUCGAGGACAUCCCAGAGCUGUUCAGCAGUUCUUAUAUCAACCAGAGCACCUACUGGCUGACCUGGCUGCCUCUUCGUGGUUUCCUCGUCAUCUUCGACCUCAUCCAGCUGCUCAAGCUCGCCUUGGUGUCGCUUCGUCGAGUCAUGUUCUCGUACACCCCGCGCGACAUUCGCGACCUGACCAAGCCACCCUACUUUGAUUACCACGUCGUCUCUGUCAACAUCUUGUUCAUCGCAGCCGUUGGACUGGUGUACGCGCCUAUCGGUCCCCUUGUCACCAUUGGCGCGACGCUGGUGUUCUGGUUCUCGCUUGUGGUCUACAAGUACCAGCUGCUCUACGUCUACGUGUCCCGCGCCGAGAGCGGUGGCCGCAUGUGGAACGUCUACUGCAACCGUCUUCUCUGGGGUGUCCUGCUCAUGCAGCUCCUCAUGGUCCUCACCACUGGUCUUAUCCGCGACCACUGGCUCGACGCUGUCGCCGCUGCGCCCCCAGUCCUUAUUCUCGCCGUGUUCAAGGUCUACAUGGCCAACACGAUUGAGAGGAAGUUCACCUACUACCAGCCGACACCGGAGGAGGUGCAGGCCUCCCGCAGCCCCAGCAUGGACCUGUUGGACAAGAAGGGCAAGCUCGCCGACAUUGAGAAGAGCUUCCUCCACCCGGCUCUUCUGCAGGACAAGCUCUACAAGAUCAUGGUGCACAAGUCCCAGGAGGCUCUGGCCCGCGAGGUCCUCUCUGCCUACCCUUGGUUCGCCGGCAAGCACCAGCACGACGGUGUGGAGAUCAGGGCCGUUCGCGAAGAAAACCUCGAGUACGACCCUGCACGCGACGGCCCCGUCGAGGAACGUGCUGUCGACUGGGACGCGCGCUCGAUUGCUACCACGCUCGACCUGGACUCGGCGACGAAUGCGGCACCUUCUGUGUAUGCCAUGUCAAGCCAGCCUUCGUUCAACAAGGGCUUCAACCGGUCCACCGACGAGCUGCUUGCCGACCCAGCUCCGCAGGGCGUCAUGGGCUCGUACAACAACAGCGCUGUUCGUCUGAGCGAGGAUGGGCCCCUCCUUGACCCAUGGGAGCGUCAGAACGCCGGUGUGCCAUACCCGCCUAGCGCCAGCCGUGUGGGUCCCAGUGCCUACAGUGGCAGCGCGCCGCAGUACACUGCCGAGCCGCAAGGAUACGAGAACCAGCAAAUGUACGGCCGUCCGCGGAACGGAAGCCAGGGUAGUCUUCUGGAUCAGUACGGCCAGCCCGCUGUUGGAGGUGGUGGAGGUGGUCGGCCCCGUAACAACAGCCAGGGCAGUGUCAACAUGCUCGAGCAGUAUGGCAGCAUGCCCCAGCGGUCGCGCAACAACAGCCAAGGCAGCGUCAACUUGCUGGACCAGCAUGCGCCCCGGCCACGAAACGGCAGCCAAGGCAGCAUGGACCAGUUCUACUCGCAGCCUGUACGCAGGCAGGAGAGUGGUGGUGGUGGUGGUGGUGGUUACUCGCAGCAGCAGUGGCAAGGCGGUGCUGGUGGCGCCUCGCCCCAGGCCUUGGCAACCUCACCCAACCAGUUCAACCACUUUUCCCCCUUGUCACCCGACAUGACGAACAGUGCACUGGACGCAGACCCGGAAAUGAACGCCAUCUUAGGCAUCGUGUCCAGUUCAGCAACAUAUCGAGGCGACGACGACGAUGACGAGGACGCAAUCGACCACUCGCUCGAUGACCCUGCCAUCGCCUCUGUCAACCCUACCAAACACGCUACCCCCAUCCGUCAACCACGCGGCCCGUUGGUCAUGUACUCGCGCGAGGAGCUCCUCACGCUGUCGGGCCGCAGUGUCGUCCCGGCUGGGUUCCCGCCUCUUGAAUCGUGGUUUGGUAACCCGGUCAAGCAGCAGGGCAACCAGCAGCACGACGACCCCGCCAUCGCUUCGAUCGGCGGCCGUCGUGCAGGCCCCGGUUUCGGUGAAGGGUUCGGGUUUGGAGGCGGUAUCGGCGGCGGACGUGGUCUGUCGCGUGGUCCUACGCGCAACAUUGGGUUACGCCGACAGCCCGAAGACCCGGCGAUCGCAGAACAGAGGGGAGCUCCCAACUUUGGUGGCCCUAUGGGCAAGUUUGCCGUCCGCCCAGGAGAGCGUGGCAUGCGUCUAGGCGGCGAUGAGCUCCAGAAGGGCCAGGGCGGCGGACAGGGUCGUGACCGUGACCGUGACCGCGGCGACCGUGGUGAUCGUGGUGAUCGCGGAGACCGUAACGACCGCAACGACCGUGGCGACAGGAGGCGAGACGACGGCGAUUGGCGUCGUGGAGCGUCUGACCGCCCUCCACACAUGCGCAACGGCGAGGCAUCGCGCCGCGGACCUGGGUACGGCCGGUUCGAGGACGACUCGUCCGAGCCUGCGUGGAUGAACGACACCGCAGACACUGCCCUUGAAGACCCAGCUAUUGCGAGCGCGAGCGGUGGCGCAGGCGGCUCGGCUGCCGGCGUGGACAACCUCAUCCAGUUCAUCCCUGGCGAGGACAUGAUCGCAGCGCACAAGCGUGCAAUGAAGGCUCGCGCAGCCGGUACAUCGCCGUCUGACAACUGGCGGGCAGGCGACAAGCCCCUGGUCUCGUUCUUUGGCGGCGCCCAGCCUGCACCAGCAGCUGCUGGGCCGCAGAAGCCUCGCGAGGUUAAUGUGGCCAACUACUUCAAACACAAGGCUGUUGAUGACGACGAGGACGACGCGAUCGCUUCCAGGGAAGUCAAGGUGGAGCGGGAAGAGACGAACGCGUUCCAGAGCCGUUUCCAGCGUUUCUUUGGACAGCCAGCGCCCGGCGCACCUGGACCUGCGGGCGGAGCCCUUCCUCCUCCCCAGCAGCAGCAGCAGCAGCAACAGAUGGCUCCUCCUCAGCAGAUGCCACAGCAGAUGGCGCCUCCCCAGCACCUCCCGGAGCGCUCCAUCGCCCGCACACCCGAGCUGCAGCUCCCCGUGUCGCACUCGCAACAGCCAUCGCCCGGCGCUGGCGUGCCCCAAGGACACGGCGGACCCCCUCCUGGUAUGGCCCGCCAAGCCCAGCAGGACCUGGCCGGCCCUCGCGUCGACGACCACAUGGCCAAGCUUAUGGGUCUGCUCUCCACCAAAGGUGCUAGCCCCGGUCCUCGUGCCGAGUCGGCAGACAUCAACGCCCGCCAGCAGCAGCAACACCAGCAGCAGCAGCAGAUUCAGCAGCAGCAGCAGCAAUACCACAACUACCCGGGUCCACCCCCUGGCAUGGGCCCCGUGUCACCGCAGUACCCAUCGCCCAGCGACGCUCAUUCCAUCCAGAGCCCCGAGUACAUGAACGCGCCGAUCCACCGUCACGAGCAACAACAGCGCCACGAGCAGAGCCCCGAUCACGGCCACCCCAUGAUGCCUCCCCACUUCGCUUCUCCUCCUCCUGGCGCCGACCCGCGCCAGUUCUACGGCCCCGGCCCACAGUACGCACGUUCCCCCAUGAGCGGCGAGCCGCCACGCGGAUUCUACGACCGCCCUCCUCAGGUCGAGUCGCGCGGCCAGAUGGCCCCUCCCGACCUGCUCCAGCUCCUCAACCAAGGUGGCAGGCCACCCAUGGGUCCUGGUGGUCUUAUGGGUCCUCCCAACAUGGGCAUGCUGCCCCCGCACCCCAUGCAGAUGGGACCUCAAGGUGUGCCCCAGGGCAUGUACGGUCGCGGCCCCACGCCCGACGACCUCCUCCGCGGUCUGCAGGCUGGACCGAGUGGCGGUGCGCCGCCCCCAGGCUACCUGCCUAUGCCCCGUGGCCCAGCGCCUGGCAGUCUCCCCAGCCCCCAGGCUCUUCAAGGUGGACCUCUGGGCGUGUCCCCCGGUGGCAUGAAUGGCCAGUCGCCAGCCGGCUACCCGCCCAACAUGCAGGGCUUCCUCCCUCCCCAGCAACCUCAGUUUGGUUAUGGCCAGCAGCGUCCCAUGCCCCCCAUGGGCUACCAGGGCGGCGGUGGCGGCGGCGGUGGUUACCCGCAGCAACAGCAGCAGCAGGACAUGCUCGCCACUCUGCUUGCGGCCAGGCCUAGCGGUGCCCACUAG